AAUCUUAUUGCGGAGAGCAACCAACCUCAUGGUAUCAGUGAAAUCUAUCCAUAUUAGAAAAAUUUCGGUGCAUGAAUAUUAAUGAUUGGUGUAGGAUAACGACCAAUGAGUGCUGUCCAGCUGUAAAAUCUCAUUGUGGAGAGUAACCAACCUUACUACGAUCUGAACUUGGCAUGUAUAAAUUUCACUUCACACAGUUUUGUGAGACUGAGAUAUAAACUUAAAACGUUAAUGUUUCGAAUUUUGGAUCUCUUGGUCAUUGAUAAAUGGGAAAAAAGAUGGGUUCAGUCUGAGCACAAAGGAAAAGAGUGGGGUAGAUUUGACCUCACAGCUGGAAAAUUCUUUGGUAAUGAAGAGCUCAACAAAGGAAUCCAGACAUCCCAGGAUGCUAGUUUCUAUGGUUUGUCUGCAAAGUUUGAUGCAUUCAGCAAUGAAAAUAAGCCUUUAGUAGUACAGUUUUCAAUAAAACAUGAACAAAACAUUGACUGCGGUGGUGGCUAUAUCAAACUUUUUGACUGCAGUUUAGACCAGAAGGACUUGCAUGGAGAAUCCCCUUAUCUGAUUAUGUUUGGUCCAGACAUCUGUGGUCCUGGAACCAAGAAAGUUCAUGUUAUAUUUAACUACAAAGGAAAGAACUUGCUUAUUAACAAGGACAUUCGUUGUAAAGAUGAUAUUUACACCCAUGUUUAUACAUUGAUUGUUCGUCCGGAUAAUACUUAUGAAGUAAAGAUUGACAAUGAGAAGGUUGAAAGUGGAGAACUAGAAAAAGAUUGGAACUUUCUGCCUCCAAAAAAGAUCAAGGAUCCUGAAACUAAGAAACCCGAGGACUGGGAUGAUAGGGCCAAGAUUGAUGAUCCUGAUGACACAAAGCCUGAUGAUUGGGAUCAGCCAGAAUAUAUCCCAGAUCCAGAUGCUACAAAACCAGAAGAUUGGGAUGAUGAAAUGGAUGGUGAAUGGGAACCUCCAAUGAUUAACAACCCUGCUUACAAGGGUGAAUGGAAACCACGACAAAUUGACAAUCCUAAUUAUAAGGGACAGUGGAUUCACCCUGAAAUAGAUAAUCCUGAGUAUAUAGCAGAUUCUAAUCUCUAUCAGUAUUCUGAAAUAUGUAUUGUUGGAAUUGAUAUUUGGCAGGUUAAAUCUGGAACAAUUUUUGAUGACAUACUUGUGACUGAUGACCCAGAAUAUGCACAGGAAUUUGCAGAAGAAACAUGGGGAGCUACAAAGGAUGCUGAAAAGAAGAUGAAGGAUAACCAGGAUAAAGAAGACAGAAAAAGGACUGAUGAAGAAGCAAAAAAGACCAAGGUGAAUGAGGUUGAAGAUGAUGAAGAGGAGGAGGAAGAAGAGAUCUCGGAAGCAAAUGAGGAAUUUCAUGAACAUCAAGAGUUGUAAUAUAUUGUGGCUUGCUUCACUUACUUGCUCUGGAGCACAAAUCAAACUGAGGCUUAAUAUGAAAGUUUAUGAUCUUUAGCAAUAUCUAAAUAUUUAUUUACCUGGUGAAUAUUUAAAAGCUUUAAACAGUCAUUCCUGGAAGUAUGUCAUUCUGUACUGUGAAAAUUAAAUAUGGGAAUAAACAAUUUUUUGUUACAUUUUCAA